CAGGCCUCGCAUUGUGUUGGCGACAAUCGUCAAUAUUCUUGACCACCAUUCCCUGCAGCUUAGAAAAGGGUCCUGUCUUGCCCUGCAGUCAAUCGCACAAGGCCCAGAGAAGCACAAGCUGCUCCCUGCUGGCAUUCUUGCUCCCUGCUGCAACAUGGAGCGCCUCGUGGGGGAUGGCAAUUUGACGCGUCUUGUAUGCGUGUUGGUCCCGAAUAUCAUUGAAUUUGUUAAGAAACCCGAUGAAUUGGGCUCCUUGUUUAAACUCUUCAGCCACCCUGAUGAAGCCGUGACGUCAAUGAUUUCGGAGUCUCUUUCACAAAUGAUGCAAACUGAAGGGCAGGACUUUAUUCUGCUGAGCUUCAUUCUCGAACAGCUCCCCGUUCACGAAAAUUCUCAACUAUUCGUCUCAAAAGCCAUCAGAGUAAUGGGUGGUGAAGGAGCGUUCUAUCGCACACGUCAAACGAGCGUUCUACUCGAAUUUUUAAGUUCCGAUGCACCCUAUCUGUCAAACUCCGCGCAAGACGCUGUCAUCGCACUUGCUAAGAGUGAUGACCUCGCUUACAAACAAAAUUUGGUCGAUUCGAAAAUCAUGUCUUAUCUUGAGAAACUCAAUCUGUCUGAUAUCCACCGUCCGGUCGGACUCGCGUUGAGCUGCAGCGUACUGCCAUCAUUAUGUGCUUUGUCAAUGUCUUCGGGUCAGGGACUUGAGGUUGUUAACAUGUUCUUUGACUCCUACGAACCUCUCCGCCGCAUUAUUGAUGCGCAGUGGCAAGAACUAGUGAAGACACCGCAGGGCGUCUCAGUCCUAGUCAGGGAAAAUGUUGUCCCACUUGUUCUUCAACGUAUCGGGCAUUCUGUCGGGCACUUCGCCAUACCGCUGGUGUGUUAUUUGUCUCGACGAUGUGGGAACAGCCUGGUGUUGCGAAAGCAAGGGUGGUUGUUUUUAGACAUGAUGGAUUCGCGUGAUGAUGAGCUAACCAAGGCUGGUAUACUCAACUUACUUGCUCUUUCGGAAGGCUCGGAGGAACAUGCGGCGAUGAUUUUUGAUGUCCCCCGAAUUCGGGAACGCCUAGCAUCUGCGCUGGAUUCGCUGUACGAGCCCGAAACCAUAGUUGACAUCCUCCAUGUCGUCCAAAAUCUAGUCCGUGGGUCGUCGAUGAGAUCAGAACGGUGCUUGUUUUCGCCAGUUUCGACUUGUGUCUACAAGCACACACGAAGCGCUGUCCGCUCAAUACGACUGACCUCUCUUCAUAUCCUGUACAACAUCUUCCUCAGUAUCACCGACAAGAUGUCCAUGAUAGAUGAGGAUUUGGUGGAAGCGCUUCACACGACACUGACGACUAGUCAGGAUAACGAAACCUAUGCGGCGCCCUAAGGAUCAUUGUUGAGGCUUGUCGCGUUGAGCAAUGUCGUGAAGUUAUCGGUGUGAAGAAGUUUGUCACAAUUUUGCUGGAAUGGGC